AUGCGUGGGUUUCUGGUUACAAUUGGCCUCUUCGCCGCUGCUAUUGCGGCAAAAAGCUCGAACUGCGCAGAUGGCCUAUAUAUGAUCGUUGCCAGGGGCAGCGGCGAACCCGCGGCUGCCAGUCCAAAGGGACUCUUUCCCAAGAACUCCGCAUCUGCUGGGUAUCUAGCACAGCUUAUUGCAGCGCAAAUCAAUGGCUCGGAGAUUAUGGGCGUGGAGUACCCUGCAACUGAGGAUAAUCCCCCCUAUCAGCAGUCAGAGAGCGACGGGGCAACUGCUAUGCUGCAGCUAGUGAAUGAGUACCAUUCGUCAUGCCCAGACUCAAAAAUGGCCCUCUUGGGCUACUCUCAGGGUGCCCAAGUAGUCUCUGAUGUCGUUUGUGGUGGCCUUGGUGGCAUUUUUAACCAUGAUGCACCAUUAUCACCAGAACUAGUCAAGAACAGCAUUGUUGCGAUCGUCCUGUGGGGCGACCCGACGCACAUUGCUAACACAACAUACGAUCGCGGCACAAGCGUUCACGACGGUGUAAGUAAUAACGCCGUGGUCACAUCUCUCGUUGCCAUUUGUCUAAGACUUCUCAACUAG